GGUGUUUGUACAAGUCUCCAACUAAGCCGGCCAACAGUGUCUGUUUCUUCCCCAUUUUUCUGUCCUCCCAAACAGUCCCCAACAAUACUUAACCAAAAAUAAAAUAAAAAAGAAAAAUAAACAAAAAUUCUGACAUAUCCGAGAAUAAUGCUCACCACCAUAUCUUCCUUUCGCUUUUCUCUUUCCUUUCUCACUCCAACAUUUCCAUAGCCCCAAACCCUUCACUUCACCCCUUUUAUUCUUUCACACCCACAAAUCUCAGAAAAUUAUAAGAUUAUAAUAUAAUAAUAAUAAAAAAACCCUAAACCGUUUCGGUGGAGGUAAGAAUGGCCACCACCACCACCAGUCUUGGCGCCGCCGCCGGCGGAGACGACCGUGUCCUGGCGACGGCACAGCAGAUCGUAAAGAGCCUCAGGACUGCGAAAGAGGAUCGCGAAGACAUGCUAUUGAUCUUCUCCACCUUCGAUAACCGCCUCUCCGGCAUCUCCGACCUCAUCAACGGCGAGGAUUCCAAGUCCUCCGAUGACGAAGACCUCGACCGCUUCGAAGCCGCCGAGAAAGUCAUCCUCACUGACGCUUACCUCUCCGGCGAACCUUCUCGCCAAUCCGCAUCACCCUUCAACCCUCCGAACAACCCCGCCGAGUACUUCUCCGCCGUCGACGAAAUCAUCCACUGGAUGGAGCAAUUCUCGAUUGCGCCGCCGUCCGCCGCUGGAAGAACCGGCCAGAUCAUAGUUGACCGCGCCGAGAACGCGAUUCAACUCGCGAUGUCGAGGCUCGAGGAGGAGUUGCGCCACCUGUUGAUUUGCAACACCAUCCCUCUCGACGCCGUGAGCCGCUACGGUUCGAUCAGGAGGGUUUCCCUUUCCUUCGGUUCUCACGACGGCGCAAUCGAUGAAAACCUUGAGAGCUUUGGCGAGGUCAGCGAUCGCGGUUCUCAUCGGUUCCACGAGCGCGGUGCGAGUUUGGGAGACGAUUUGUUCGACGAUUUGGUGCGUCCGGAAGCGGUGCAGGACCUCAGAGAAAUCAUCGAUCGUAUGGUUAGGUCUGGUUAUGAAAGAGAGUGUCUUCAGGUUUAUAGUAGUGUCCGUCGUGACGCUUUGGAUGAGUGUUUGGUGAUUCUUGGUGUUGAGAAACUGAGUAUUGAAGAGGUUCAGAAGGUUGAGUGGAAGAGUUUGGAUGAGAAGAUGAAGAAUUGGGUGCAAGCUGUUAAGGUUGUUGUUGGGGUGCUGUUGAGUGGGGAGAAGAGACUGUGUGAUAGUCUUUUUGGUGAGUUGGAUGAGUUGAAGGAGAUAUGUUUCAAUGAAACUGCUAAAGGGUGUGUUAUGCAGUUGUUGAAUUUUGGUGAGGCUAUUGCUAUUUGUAAGAGGUCGCCGGAGAAGUUGUUCAGGAUAUUGGAUAUGUAUGAGGCUCUGAGGGAUGCGUUGCCUGAUUUGCAGGAUAUGGUUUCUGAUGAAUUUCUGAUUGGUGAGGCCAAUGGAGUUCUGAGGGGACUUGGUGAGGCUGUCAAAGGGACGUUUGCUGAGUUUGAGAAUUGUAUUAGGAAUGAGACUUCCAAGAAGCCAGUCAUGAGUGGGGAUGUUCAUCCUUUGCUUAGGUAUGUUAUGAAUUAUCUAAAGUUGCUUGUGGAUUAUGGUGACCCUAUGGAUUCGCUUUUGGAAAUCCGUGAAGAGGACCUGUAUCGAUUUCAAAACGAUCUUGGUGGUGAUGGUGCCCGGCUAGAGGCCAUGUCCCCCUUAGCACGCCAAAUUCUUUUGCUGAUGUCUGAGCUCGAGUGUAAUCUUGAGGAAAAAUCGAGACUUUAUGACGACAAUGCAAUGCAGCAGGUGUUUUUGAUGAACAAUCUCUAUUACCUGGUUCGGAAAGUGAAGGACUCGGAUCUUAGGAAGGUCUUGGGAGAUGAUUGGAUUCGAAAACGCCGCGGUCAGAUACGCCAGUGUGCUACUGGGUAUCUCAGAGCAGCUUGGAGCAAGGCCUUAUCUUGUUUGAAGGAUGAAGGGAUUGGAGGAGGGAGCUCUAACAAUGCAUCAAAGAUGGCUUUGAAGGAGAGGUUCAAGAGUUUCAAUGCAUGUUUUGAGGAAAUAUACAGGGCCCAGACAGCUUGGAAGGUACCGGAUGAUCAGCUUCGGGAGGAGCUGCGGAUAUCCAUAUCGGAGAAGGUGAUUCCUGCAUACCGCUCGUUUGUGGGGAGGUUUAAGAGUCAGUUAGAGGGAAGGCAUGCGGGGAAAUAUAUUAAGUAUACACCAGAGGAUCUAGAGGCCUAUCUAUCAGAUUUAUUUGAAGGAUCCCCUGCUGUAUUGCAUCACAUAAGGAGAAAAAGUACAUAGUAUAUUAUAAGAUGCUUUUAACAGGUGAACUCAUUUUAUGAGGGUUAGUUGAAAAUGAUUUCCUGUGUCAUGUGUAUCUUCUCCUGGAUAGGUGUUUAUUUUACAGGUGUUAAUGUUAGAAUGGGAUUUUGUGAAAUCAACUCUUCUCUCCCUAACCCCUUCCCAAACAACCAAAAAAGAUUUUUUCUUUGUCCUGCGAAUACUGUAAUAUCUGUUGUGUAUAUAUAUAUAAAUAUUGCCGAGUCUAGUGUCUCCCACAGCUUAUCCAUGUUUUUGUCAUUAAUCACAAUACUUGUUGAAAUGGUACAUUCAUUAGCUACCAUCAAUCCUGAUCUUGUGUAUUUACAUAGCUGCAAUUUGCUUAAUUGCCAAUCAAAGGACAAUGAUUUGUUACCUGUUACAUACCAUAUUAUUUGUGCAUUAUAUUUAGCUGAUGAUAAAAGAGGUGAGGAAAUGUGCGAUAGAUCUAGCAGAAAGUGGAUCUACUCAAGAUUAAAAUUUGCUUGUGAAAAACUUGCAUGUUUAUCAGAAUGUUGUUGAUAAUCCGACAAGAAUCAAUAAAAAGUAGAUCGACAACUUUUACAAUGAUGGUAGAAUCAUGUUGAUUGUUGGAAGUUAUGCACUAGUGAUUGGUGCAGUGAUAUUCUCUGUUGAUACGUUUUGAUCUUUGCCAAUUGCCAUCAUCCAGUACCUACUGUCAACACUGUUAGACACUUAGACGCUACAUUUGUGCACCUUAUCUGCAUUAAGUUUGAACUGCCUUUUUUAAAAUCUCAAUCAGUAGCUCUGGCAAUGUGGAUAUGCUAUGCCUGUCUCAAACUUUUACCUUGGGCAAGAGUAUUUAAACUCAUCAGGGGAUAUGCGUUGUUUACUGUUUCGUUUUUGUGUAAUGAUCUCAUAAGCAUACGCUUUACUCAGUCAUUUACCUGUAUUCAACUUCAUGUCAUUGCAUCAGACAGUCACUGAAACCUGAUAAUUGUCGAAUGCUGCAUGUUCAGGUAAAUUUCUAGAAAAAUUUUUGUAAGAUAAAAAAUUAGUAUAAAAAGUAAAUAAAACAUCUAAGUUAUAAUCAACUUAUCUUAUGAAUUUUUAUAAAUUUUAAAGAAGUUAAAGUG